AUGUCGCUUAAGACAAUUUCUCGCCUAUUUGCCUAUUCCCCAAGGUACUUGCAGAAUGCUAGGGCGUUGAACAUCAAUACAGUCAACAAAGAAGUCGUCAAAUCAAGUUAUUCUAUUAGAGGUCACUUAAAUACAGUUUCAGAUCAACUCAGAAAGAGAAUGGCUGCAGGUGAAAAGCUUCCAUUUGAUAGCAUUAUCCCAUGCAACAUUGGUAAUCCACUUGCAGUUGGAAAAGAUCCAUUAACUUUCCCAAGAGAUGUUGUUUCAUGCAUUGAAAACACGAAAUUACUCAACUCUGCGGACAUUUCCGAAGAAGCCAAGGACAGAGCUAAGCAAAUCAUUGCUUCAACAGGCGGAAGAUUUGGUGGAUACACUAAAUCUCAAGGUAUUGAAAUAGUUCGCCAGCACAUCGCUGAAUUCAUGUACAAACGCGAUGGAUAUCCAUGCAAACCAGAUGAUAUCUAUCUUUCUGAUGGUGCUUCCUCCGCUAUUUCCUUCUUAAUGACUUUAUUGAUUCAGCACAACAACGUUGGUAUCAUGACACCAUUCCCAACAUACCCAGUCUACACAAGUGAAGCAGCCGUUCACGGUGGCAAGAUCGUUCCAUUCUACCUCAGAGAAUCCAAUAACUGGAGUCUCGAUAUCGAAGAACUUGUUCGCGCUUACAACCUUGCCAUCAAGGAAGGCAUCGAUGUUAGAUGCAUGGUCAUCAUCAAUCCAUGCAAUCCAACAGGCCACGUCUUAAGACCAGAGACAAUGAGAACAAUUGUUGACUUUUGCGAGCAAAACAACAUCCUUCUCAUUGCUGAUGAAGUCUACCAAGACGUUGUCUACAACAAAGAACGUCCAUUCUACUCUUUCAAGAAGAUUGCAAGCCAAAUGAAAUCAAAUAUCCAGUUGGUUUCACUCCAUUCAAUUUCCAAGGGCUUCAUGGGCGAAUGUGGCCAUCGCGGUGGCUAUUUCGAGCUUUACCACUUCCCAGAAGACGUAAAAGCCCAAAUCUUCAAGAUGGCAACUUUCGGAUUAUGUCCAAACGCUGUCGGCCAAGUAAUUGUCGACUGCAUGGUCCAUCCACCAGAAGCACCUGAGAACAAGGCAAUCUGGGAAAGCGAAAGGAACUCAUACAUCACAAAACUCCAACAAAAGUCAGUUAAACUUGCUGAAUGCUUUAACUCACUUCCAGGAAUCAAAUGCAAACCAGCAGAUGGUGGCUGGUACCUCUUCCCUGCUCUCAGCCUUCCUCUCAAGGCUCUUGAAGCUGCAAAGUCAUGCAGAUGGCAGAGGGAAGUGAUGCCACCUGACUUCUUCUGGUGCUUGAAACUUCUUGAAGAGACAGGAGUUAUUGUUGUCCCUGGUUCUGGUUUCGGUCAAGUUCCUGGAACAUUCCACUUCAGAUCUACUUUCUUGCCUGAAGAUGAGAAGUUCGACCAAGUUAUUGAGAGAAUUACAAAGUUCCAGAACGAAUUCAUGACAAAAUAUGAUUAA